AUGGAUUCAGUGCAGCUCAUUCUUGCCACGGCCGUUGUCGGGCUCGUUAUCUUUCUUGUGGUCUUCAGCCUUCAAGGAAGACAAGUGGCGGUAGGAAAAUCCAAAUCACCCUACAAUAAGCCCACUUUUUUGGUAGUGGGUGCCAAUGGAGCUGGAAAGACGUCUGUCUUCUACAAAUUACAGGACAUUCAGCCUGUCAGCACGAUUUCGUCGUUGGAGGCCAACUACGGUAAGAUCUCCAUUCCUUUCAGCAAUCCUGCUAUCCUAAAGGACUACCAAUUCAUCGACUGGCCGGGCCACUUGAAGUACUCCCAGCUUUUGCGCAAAUUGAUCAAUGAAGACGUCACAGUCAGAAACGUCAAGGGCGUCAUUUUCGUCAUUGACUCUUCCAGUGCCAGUCUCAGCCAGGAAAAGGUCGCUGCUAUCGCUAAGCUCUUGUACGACUUGUUGAGCAUUACAGAGAAAACCCCAAUGGGUGUCGAUUAUCUAUUCGCUAUUAACAAGCAGGACUUGUUUGACACCAAGCCAGUGUUUAAGGUCAAGAGCUUGAUCGAAGAAGAAAUCUCCAAGCUUGUCCAGGAGGAGCUCAGCGCCAAGGGCCUGGCUCGUGGAGGAUCUGGCAUUGACAAUGACGACGAGGAAGAAUUCUCCAAGGAAGAGUCGACCAGAGAAUUUUGGAAAUCCCUCAUGGGCAGCUCCAAGACCUUCAAGUUCGAGCUUUUGGAGGGCAACAUGGAGUUUCUUGGAGGCCUGGCACUCAAGAACAAGCUUCUGAACUGGCAGAACUGGUUUGACGAGAAGGCCAUGAACUACGGCAGCAUGUAA